AAAUUCUCAUUAUUUUAUUAUAGAAAUGAAAUUCAUUGAAUUAGGAAGUCGAUCAAUUAAUUUUACUUAGUUGCUCACUAUGCUAUAUAGAGCUCCAAGACAUGUGGAAAUCUUAUUAUUGUUAUUGUGCUGGUUUGAUUAUCAUGUUCGAGGUGAAGAGUAUCUAGUCAAUUCCGAAAAAUGUAAAAUACCUAGCCAUGAACCAUUCAAUAAUGAAACUAUAGGUUUAUGGUUUCCUGAAACCUACAAAUCCUGCGUCAGUAAGCCUCUGCUGACUCGUGUGAAGAAGAUAAAUAAUAAAGCAACACUUCACAUUGAGGAACAUUUGCUUCCGCUGUACGGCAAAAAUGUUGUUUGCUGUCUGGCGAAUAUUUUAAGAGAAGUAGAUGAUGAGUUUCCUGAUGAUAAAAUAAGGUGGUCAGAGUGUAAACUAUUCAAACAAAAUGUGGCUCUCGAAAGCAAUGCCGUUAUCGUAUUUUGUCGAGAUGAAUCAGGUGAAGAAGUAUAUAAGAACACCCAUUACGUAAUUAAGAAGACUGAGAAAACAAAACCUAAAAACAACAAAAAUUUGCCCCCUAUAAGUGUUCUCUUCAUCGUAAUCGACAGUGUAUCCAGAUUGAACUUCAUUCGCACUAUGCCAAAAUCAAGAAAUUAUUUAGCGGAAAAUGGUUUCGUUGAGAUGAAAGGAUAUAAUAAAAUAGAUGAUAAUACCUUUCCCAACUUUGUAGCCCUUUUAACUGGUCUCAAUAAACAGCAGACCAGAGAAAUUCAUUGUACUGGGAGAAAAAUCGAUGAAUUGAACAAUUGUCCCAUGAUCUGGUAUAACUUUAGUUCAGCUGGAUAUGCCACUGCAUAUGGGGAAGAUUGGGGUACCAUUAGUACUUUCAAUUUCUUCAAGAAAGGGUUUACCAAAGCACCAACAGAUUUCUACCUCAGACCUUAUGUCCUCGCAUCUGAAGCUAUCGGAACAAUUCCUCUCAAAGGGGCACCAUAUUGUGCUGGUCCAGAAACUUCUGCUGAAAGACAAUUAGAUGCAGCUCUAGAUUUCGCUAAGACCUUCAAACAUUUUCCAUACUUUGGUGUGUUUUGGAUGAAUACAUUCAGUCAUCAAGCGUUGAACACACCACAUCGAUUCGAUGAAAAAAUUCGUCAGUUCUUUACUAAUCUGAAAGCCGAGGGAGUUUUAGAUGAUAGCGUGGUAAUACUUUUGAGUGACCAUGGUAUAAGAUUGGACCCAACCAUUCGAAGAACUACAACAGGUUGGUUUGAAGAACGUCUUCCUAUGAAUCUGAUAUCUGUUCCUAAGUGGUUCAGAAAUAGAUUUCCUUCAGAGUUCAAUAAUUUGAAACUUAAUAGUGAUAAAAUGACGACUACAUAUGAUUUGUACAUGACACUUCAACAUAUACUCAAUUUGUCUUUUCCUGACUAUAAAAUCUCACCAAGUAGCGCUUGUCCAAAAUGUGCUUCUCUAUUCAAUCAAAUACCACCAAGAACUUGUAGUGAAGCUGGUGUUCCACAAGAAUGGUGUACAUGUAUAGGUCAUCUACUCUAUUUGAAUCCAACAGACCCUAUAGUCUCUGAAGGCACUCAAUUCGUUUUAGAUCAUAUAAAAUCUGAAUUGACCUACUAUAAUUAUUCACAGACUUGCCAUGAUUUACAACUUUUUCGCGUUAAAAAAGCAGCGUUGUCCGAACGUUCAGAAAUCCAAGGUAAAAAAUAUUUAUUUAUCAAUUUCGUUGCUACUCCUUUUGCGGAAUUCAUUGUUACGCUGUUAUAUCAGUUUGAACAAGAAAGGACGCAGAGAAAAUUCAUUUUGCUCCUCGAUCCUAUUAGAUUAGAUAAGGGAAAUAACAGUUGUAUCCCGCUAUCCAGUAUCUCACCAUAUUGCAAUUGUAAAGAUGAAAAGAAUACAAAAAAGACAACUCCCUCAGUUUAACUGAUAUAUGACUAUAUAUGUUUCAAUAAAAUAAUUUUUCCCCAA